ACUGAGUCAGAAGCACUGGGUUGUGACACGCUCUCGGGGGGGGACUCGAAGCUGGGUGUCAGGAGUGAGCAGGUUCACAUUUGCAAUUCGAGGUGUGACGUUCGUGAAUGUGCAUUUUCCAGAAAGGACAGUUCCCUGUACUCUGCCAUCUUAGCUGACCGUGUCUUAGGUCGGAGACGUGGUGUCUGCUCAAAGUAUGGUCCGGACCAGCAGCACCUGACCCCCCGGAGCCUAGGAUCUCGGGGAAGCACCUGCUGACUGCCCGGGGCCUUUGCCCGCACUUGAGUCUACAGCGGCCCCACAGCCCACUUUGAGCUGCAAGCCGUGGGGCCCAGGAAAUGCAGCUGAACCACCUGGAGCAAGCCUGAGCCCUGUCCCUGAUGGCUGAGGAUUGACUGGUCACCUUGAAGUGGUAUUUGCGGCCAUGGAGGGGGGGACGGGCGGCCGCCCAGGCCUCCCAGAGAAGCCGGUCCCUGUGGCCGCCAGCCCUGCUCUGUCCUCGCUGGGCGCCGUCUUCAUCCUCCUGAAAUCCGCGCUGGGGGCCGGCCUGCUCAACUUCCCCUGGGCCUUCUGCAAGGCGGGCGGGGUGGCCCCCGCAUUCCUGGUGGAGCUGGUUUCCUUGGUCUUCCUCAUCAGCGGGCUGGUCAUCCUGGGCUACGCGGCCUCUGUUAGCGGUCAGGCCACCUACCAGGGCGUGGUUGGAGGGCUGUGCGGCCCCACCAUUGGGAAGCUGUGUGAGGCCUGCUUCAUUGUCAACCUGCUCAUGAUCUCUGUGGCCUUCCUCAGGGUGAUUGGGGACCAGCUGGAGAAGCGUAAGUACUGGCGUUGGAGUCGGGGGGUGGGGGGUCCUGGUUGA